AUGACUCCUGAACCGCCAGAGCUGCCGCCAAAGAGCGGCGCCACAACCGUUGUAGAAACUUCCGACAGUGACGAGCAGACAUUUCGGAAAAGCAGUUCCCAUGACGGGACUAUGAAUGCCUUCUCGCCGGGUCGGGCGUCUUGGCUUUCCGUUUCGUCCGGUGUGGCUCCGCGCGGAUCGUCUGAUUCAGCCGACGAAGAGCCAGUUGACUGCGCCAGCUCUGUCCGGCAGCACCAACAAGAAAACGAACAUGACACUUCUCCCUUACCAGCAGAACCUGUCGCGCUUCUCCCCCGUGAUGCUUCAGUCCAGAGCCUCUCUGUGCCCGAUGUAGAAGCCGCGACCUCUGCCGCCGAGAAGGGUCUUUCGGGCGCGGGGCCCACCCCGCCGUACACGCUUUACGGUUCCUUGGCUGGUGACGUUCUGUUUCAGCGCGACGUCGGGAGUCCAGGGGAAGACGACGCAAAUUCUGUCUAUUCCUACUACUCAGCUCCUGACGCGUCUUCUUGUUGGCGGCGACUUUCCCUUGACGACGAGGCCGCGGUUUCGGACAGCGACGAGGCCGUCUGUCUGCUUUCCAGAGACUCCCGCCACUGGUUCUCCACGCCGCGCACACUCCAUCAAAACGGCGACUGCGGCGCAGGCAGCCCCAGGGGUAUGUACACAGGGCCGUCGGCUGGCGUUGGGCGCGAGAGCCUGCCGCGUUCUCCCGAGCGUCCGCGGCGCAGCCCCAGUUCCCGCUCUGUUCGCCAUGCCACCAGCUGGAACGUCUCGCUGCACACUUCAGCGGAGCGCGGUUCCAGCCAGUCUCCGGAUCGUUUUCUUUCGGCAGACCCUGCCUCCUUCCAUUCGUCUUUCUCUCCUUUUUUAGACAGUUCGGUCCACGGCACUAUGCUGCGCGACCUUCCGGAGGGAACGCAGAUGGGCAGUGCCAAAGAGAGUCCGCGCCGCGCAGGAGGCGAGGCGGUUUUCGCGGCGGGGAGCGAGGAGAAGGCGGAGGAAGGUCUUGGAGUUUCACCACUGCGGUACGGAAGGUUGUGGAGAGACUUCAAGAAGAGCGGAGAGUCUGCGCGUCUCCGUCCGGUUCCGACGCGGAGACUGGAGUGCAUCGUCGAAGAUCACGGAACGUCGUCUCUCCCGUUUCUUGGAGAACCUGGCCGCUUGCGCCAGGACGCCAAACGAGACCAGGGCAACUCGCCCGAGCGCGGAGGUCGCUCUGGACACCUCGAAGGAGACUUCCAGGACUGGCCGUUUGUUCGUCUUGGGUCUCUAGGCCGCUCUGCAGCUUCCAGCUCUUUCCACGCGUCCAGACACUGGAACCUCGGCGACUCAGGACUGCGAUACUUGCGAAGAAAAACCUUUCAUGCAGGGCCUCGGAAACGACGAUCUCACUCACUUUCGCCUUCUCUCACCCAGCGCUCGCUGCUCUCCCUGCCGUCCUCGCCAGCGGCAUCUGCCGCUGUCGCCUCUCCAGCGAGUGAGCGCCUCGCCACAGUUCCCGCGGAGGACUCCCGGUCUUUGUCAGAGUCUCCCCCUCCCCGCGGCGAAUAUGGGCUUCUUCGGAGUCCAGGAAAUGCCUUCCAACUCCACCUUUGCAGACGGACGCCGCCGCCACUCGGUAAAGAGGAGAGCGCUGGCCGGAGGGGAUUUCCAACUCGAACAGGUUUGCCCGAAGGCAUCGCCUUUGAGCUGCCGAGCUCGCUGGCACCUGCGUCAGCCCUUGCAGUCGCCGCGUCGUGUCUGUCGAGCGCUUCUUCGGGAACGCCUGGUUCUCUCCACACAGAAACAGAGAGGUUGGACGAGAGGGGAACGGCUUUAACUGAGCGAGAAAAGGGAAGAAAUGGAACAGUCGAGAAACAAAAUGGUACCUCAUCUCCUGACGCUUUUUCGCGAGUGUCUGCCGGAACUCUGGACUUGCAAGGUGUUUCCGAUAGCGGUGUGUCUCGGCCUUCGGGGAAAGAAGUCGCAGAGUCGCUAGAGGGUGGCGCCUCAUCGCACUCAGAGUUUUACAAAGCUUUUCUGCAGCGGUCAGCUUCCACCUCCACAUCGCAGACUUCUUGUGACAGCGCCUUCCGAUCCUUUCGGACCAGCUCGGGUGUGUGUACACACUACACGGUCAGGCGAUUGCUCUGCUUCCCUCGCUUGGCGUCUCUGGGAGCCCGGGCAGGUCUUUCUGCCUCGAGGCCGGACGGAAAGUUGUCUUUUUCGCAAGAAAGUGAACGAGAGAGGAAAAACGAACACGCAGGUGAUUGUCGGGACAGGGAAAGUCGUUCGACGCCCAGUCGACAACGUCCAGCAACGGUCCCUGCUCUCGCGGAAGAAGAGGCGAAGGCAAGAGGCGAGGAAUGGUCAUCUGCUUCGAAGGAAAUGCCUCUUGGUAAAACUCGAAAAUGUGUCUUGGAACGCGUAGCCGCCCCUAAUGAGUGGAGCAACUCUCCUAACGAGGUCAGAAGCGUUUCCUCACUUGACGACGCGCGCACCUCUCUGGACCCUCACUCAUUUCAGAAACCUUUUCCCCCAGACACACUCGAAGCAGGUGAAGAAGAAAAGGAUGCAGAAGGCAAGCAAGAUGAAGGCGGGGAGCAACGAGAAGGAAGAGUGACCAGUCGAGAGAAGCAGAUCAAUUCUUGCGGUCUCCGCAUCGAUGAAUCUGGAAGUUCUCCCAGGAGGGCGAGACCGUCUCUUUCUCGUUGUUGUCAUGUUCCAGGAUUUGUCGACUUUGGAGAAAGUGAAUCGUCGGCUGGUUCUUCUCAUCCAGUCGAAGGUCAGAAGCAGCUGCGAGGACGAAGUUCCGCAUCGUAUAGAGGGGGGCGUCAGAUUGAGAAUGGCGGAGAAGACGCAGCUGUCAAUGACAGUUUGUCUCGGUCCCAGAAGAGGAUUCGAGAGGUGGAGGUUUCGAAUCGACUCGUCUCUUCGCUGUGUCCCUCUGCUCUCGAGGAAGAGUUGCCUUAUCCGUUUCGCUGCCACCACGGCGAUAACCUCUCUUCUUUUCUCUCCUCCGAUCUCGCCACAGACGGCUUCUUUUCUCCUGAGUGUAUCCGCACCCCUGCAGAUGUCGCCUUCGGGGCCUGGCUGUCUCCUGCCUCGACAGGUGCAGACGCGUCAGCUCAAGAGAGAAAGGAGACAGACGCGACGAGAAGGGAGAACGUCAGUGUACCAGCAGAAGAAAGAAGACAGAGAGCCUGUGGGGAGAAGAGCGAUCCUUACUUGGAGGCUAAACGCGCCUCCGAACUUCCGCCGCCGCGCCGCGUGUCUAGUCAGGUGUACGUAGACCCGGCAGAGGCCACUGGAGAUGCGAAAAAAAGGGUGCCUUGGACCCGCAAGUAUGCUUCGGACUUUGAGUUUUCUCUGGAUUUGUCGGGAAACCAAACGCGGACGGAAGAGAGGAGAUUGCCAAGAAGAAAAUCGCCAGACCUUUCUUCUCUGGAAAACCACCGAGUUUUCAAGCCUGACACAUCUCCGUUCUUCGCUUCUGCUGCGGCGUCAUUUUCACUCUCGGGGUGCCCUGCGGGAGGCGCGCAUGCUUCGUCAGCGAGUUCUUCUACCGAGUUUCUGCCCGAGCUUCAUGGCCACGAGGUCGGGAAGUCUCAACGAGAUUCUAUUCCAAGUAAUCGAUUCAGGUUCCUGGAUUCGCAGGAUUCACAGCCGCACGAGGGCCGCCAACUGCUUAACGCUGCACGCGACCGCCGUUCUCUUUCCUUUGCUCAGCAUCGACCUGGAGAGACAGAAUCUGUUCUGUCUCACCCUGGAUCGACAGUGGUAUCAGGUUCGAGGUCGACGAGGGUGGAGAGGCCUCAGACAAAGAAAAGAGAACCGGGGAAAGAAGAGAGAGAAGUAUCUGCUUUCUCUUCUCCCGCCUUCGUGCGAGGGCGGACAGAACGGUGUGAGAGCGCGCCCUGCUGCUCGCCGCUUGCGCGUGUCUCCCUGGAUUUCGAGAGCCUUGAGAGAUCGCACUCUUUUGUUGACCUCCAGAGUUCGCGGUCUUGCGCCUCUGUCUCCUGUGAUUCUUUCUCUGCCCGCGGAGACGACCGUAGGCGACCCUCGUGUUUGUCUGUAGAAGACGGUGGCGCCAGUUUGUGCUCUUUCUCCGGUGGCUUCUCCUGUCGUCACCGCGAACAACCUUCGCUCUCGGCUGCAUGGACGCAUCGUGAAAACAGUGCGGAUUCAGAGCGCCGCUUCGAGUCAAAGGAGACUCUCGGCGAAGCAAAGGAAGGCGAGACGUCUGGCGCGCAACUCCUCAGCGUCCCUUCCGGUUUUUUGCCUUCUUCUGUGCGCUUCUUGUCUGUCGAGACACUCAACCAGAGGAGCCCGGCGUUGUCGCCCUCGGGAGCCAGUUUGGUGUCAGCGCUCUCUGAGCCUGCCCACGAUCUGUCUCUCUCGACGCAUGCGCAGAAAACGUCUUCUCUCUCUCCUCCAGGCACUUCGGCCGAUGCGUAUGCGAGUCGCGGAGACAGCGUAUUGUCUCUUCUACCGGAGUGUAUGGAGAAACCUGGCAGGCGAAGUCCAUCAGCCCAGGAAGAGAGAGGGUCUCUUUCAACUGUGGGGCGUUUGGAGACGCCUGUCCUCUAUCCGCCUCAGACGAACGUCGAGGUGGUUUUUCCGACCUCUUCUCUGCGUCGCGAGAAAGGAGCGUUUUUCUCUGGAGAGUUCCUACCGUUCUCGCCUGCGGCUUCGCCAGCUCCUGACUCGCCUGCGUUUGCGAAAGAGACAGAGGAGAGAGACGAAGAAGACACAUCUGAUUCGGACUUCUUGCGUGCAGUCCCCCAAACGAGACUCUCCAUUUUUGAGAGCUCGAGAAAAACCAAAGAGGGAGUGAAGGGAAACUCGACGAGGUCUUUCUCUCCUUCUUCGUCUUUUUCUCUGUUUUUUCCUCCUGCGUCUUCUUCGUCUUCUUCGUCUUCUUCUCGUUCCAUGGGUCGUCAGAGAAAGGGCGUUUCGCAGCAGCUGGCUGGACCGACAGACGAGAGACAAGGAGAUCCUUCGUGUGUGUCUCGUGUGACACGCCCGGGGAUUUUGCCGCAGUCUCUCCAGAGUAUCCCCAGAGGGAUGCUGGGACCUGCUUUUCCCCCAAGUGGAACUUCUCUUUGCGCUUUCUCGAGUGCCAGAGCCCCUUCGCCUGCAACGUGUGCGGCGUUUGAAGCACUCGUCUCUCGGGAGUCCACCUUCUCGACAGCUGGCAUCUUCGCGUGUAUGCUGUCGAGACACCAGCAGCAGCUGGAUGAGCUGCGAGCAGAGGUAGCGCGACUGCAAGGGGAGAAGGAGAGAAGAACACCGCGACUCAGAGAGGGAGAGGAAACUGCGCCUGCUCUUCCUCGGGAGAAGAAAAGGCGUUCACAAGUCGCACCUGCUGAGAGAAGAGUACGUGUCUGUGGCGCGUGGAGUUCGGGGACUUUGGAGGAGGUAGAGAGGAGACCCUUUGCGGUUGCGAGAAAGGCGAGUUCUCCUGAAGAGGACGAAGCAGGAGAGAGAGACAGAGGUCGCGAGAGAAGCGCGAGUCACGGCGCGGGGACCGACAGAGGGAGGAGACAGUCGACUUUUCGAGAAGGUGAAAACAGGAUCGAAAAAGAGGUGAGUACACAGACGCCUUUGUCUUCGGGCUUCGCCACUCCUCUUCCUUCCCUCUUCCCUGGUCCGGAAAUUUCACAGUUUCCCUCCAGAACGCUUCCGGCAAGGCGUCGUUCGUCGUCGUUCAUGCAGAGGCGUGCUCGAGAAGAGACAGCAGAGGCAGGAGAGGGAGGAGCGAGAAAGGAGAGACAGCAGGCAAGACAGACAGGAGAGAAGCGUCGAAGUCGACGAACUGAGAUAUCUGGCGAUGGAAGAGGCGACGCAGAAGAAGCGACACUGGAGGGAAGAGACCAGAAGGGAGAGAAGAGAGAGAGAGCACAUAAAGAAGUAGGGAGGAGAGAGGCAGGAGGAAUAGAGAGGAAGACAGAAGAACGACCUAACAGUCGUCGCGUGCCAUUUCCUCCUGAGAUAAAAAGGGCGUCUUUUCCGUCUCCCGCUCAAGUGAACGCCACAAGCAUGAGGAUACCGAAUUUCAACUUCAGGCCUGUUGAGGAGAGCGAAGACGAAGAUGGAGAGAGUUCGCAGGCAAUCGGAGCUUCUGCGGAGAGGCGCACUGCGUGCAUUGCCGCAGUCAGCGAGGAGAAAAAGGAUGGAAAGCAGACUGUGAGCGGUUUCCCUGUUUGCUUACCAAGGGAGGAAGUCUCGACAGGAAAGGCUGUGGGAGGCAGUUUCUCUGGAAUUUCGAGGAAGGAAAGGAAUGGGGAGAUCACUCUUCACCGAAGUGCCACGUUGCCUGUCAAGACACCCGAAUGGUUCUCUUCUCCAGACUCGCCGCUGCAUCCCCAGGAGCUCUUGUCUUCGCGUUUUGCGGCCUUCGACAAAGGAGGCUUGGCGCAUGCGUCGGGCGCAAACUCGAAAAGCGAGAGAGAAGAAGACGAGGAGGAAAACGUAUGGAACGAAGGCAGCACAGUUCGGGAGCGGCUGCGUCUCCUGGGGGCCUUCGUCGUCGAUGAAGUCUUCUCCUUUCGCCCGCUUCCUCGGCAGAAGAACGAUGGCAACAAAGGGGGGCAAACGGCUUCUGCUUCGCAGAAAGCAGACGACGCGCCUGCUGCAUUGGGGGUUGCGAGACGAGACACCAAGCGCGAUCGGGCAGAGGAGGCGCGUUUCGUUUGUUCGCGGAGGUCGUCCAGUUGCGGCGAGUCUGAGAAGAGACCGCGAGACUGUGGGCGUUCCCUCGCGAGUUCACAUCCCAACGCUUCGAGAAAAGACGGGGGUUCUUCCCUCUCAAAGACCUGCCCUUCAGCGGCUCAACAAAACGAGGAGAGAAGAAGAAACCGAGAAUGGCCUCGUCGGCGCGGCACCUCAGAGUUCUUCCCCAGAAGACUCUCCGGAGAAAGAACAGAGUUCUGCAAUCCUCGCGAUUCUCCUCCUUGUGAGCCGCUCGACUCUUUUGUCCUCAGAGGCUCGCGGGAAGGCCAUCUGCUAGGAGAGAGACGCAGGGACUGCGAACAGGAGGCGAGUUCGAUUCCUCUCAGCUCAACUCGCAGAGAGGAAAGAGACUCGCUAACCUUUUGCAGGGGUCGCUCGGCGCGAUGUGAAGGCUCAAGCAGAUCAGGGCGCUGCACGCAGAUGGGAGAGAGCAGAAACGCAGAAAAGAGACUUCCGUCUCCGCCGCGAGAAGCGCUUCAGAGAACGAGUGGAGAAGGACUCUUGCUUGAAGGAUUUCCGCCACUGGUGCGGCGUCUGACGAUCGGGGAGAUAGUCGGCGCUGGCGACUCGCGCUUCUUCGGAACCCGAGCCUCUCUCGCGCAUGCAGAACCGUUUUUUUCUUCGGAACGCAUGCAACGCAAGAACGACGGCGCGGACGCGAAGCAGAGCCGCCCGGAGCGCGAGAAGAAGAAGACUGACGACGGCUGCACGAUCCCAGAAACGCCUUUGCGAAAUCUUUGUCGUGUGCCCUACAGAUUGGAAAAGGUCGUUUACCUGGGAACUGCUCUUUGCCUAGACGCGGUCUUGUAUGAAGUAACGUUCAUGCCGAUUCAAGCUCUCGUGCUCAUCACGCGGAUCGUGUUCGGGGCUCUCGGGGGGGCUUCUGGAAGGAGGCAAACGGAGAGAACAUCGGGCGCGGGAACAGCAAAGGAAUGCAUGCAGUCAAGGUAUAAAGUGGAAGGAAAAACGACUUUCUCCGCAGACGACUCCGACGCGAGAAGCAAGUCUGCGACGCAAGCGGAGAGAAACAGUCCGGGAGAAGAAGAGGUGGGAAGAGAUGGAAAAAGGGGGAUCAGAGAGGCAGAAGAGGAGACAGAGAUUGGAAGAGAAGCCGGAAGCGGCAGUACACGAGAGAAAAGAGAGAACUAUGAAGGACGGAUAAACUGCGGAGCUGAAGAGGGCGUUCUUUCUGUGGAGACAGGAAAGCGAGUGCCGAGAUUCGAAGAUGGGCAAAUACAGACACCCCACACGCGGAGAGGAGAUUUGGAGACAGUCAGUGACAGGAGAGACGCGUCCAACUUCUUCACCUCCACGAGAAGACUCGCAGAAAUCCAGGCGUUCCUGUGGCAGAUCGGUAUGUCCCUUCUCUUAGUUCUGCAAGUUCUCUUUGGAGCCUCGAGGACGUUUUCUCUCUCGUUGGUCCACCAAGUGUCUGAAAGCUGCAGACGCGCGGCAUUUUCCCUGCGUCAUGUCGGACCCAGCGAAGAGCGAAAUCUGCAAAGACAAAUGGGUGAGCCUGCACAGGCAGCCACUUCAGGUGUCUGUACACCCCAGGAGCUGCGAGCGGACCAUCGCAGAGGGCAGCUGCGUCGGCGAAGCGACAAGAAAGCUGGGAAGAGGAAGGGUGCGAAGGAAGGCUUUCUCGACGAGGUGGAUGUACACCCGAGCGGGAGGCCUCCGGUCCCGGCUUGGAGUUACGUCAGCGUCUCCAAAGGCGGACCGAGUUCGCCUGGAGACGCGUUUCGUCGUUUCGUCUCUCACUUUCUGCGAAAGGUGUGGUCUUUUCGCAAGCUCUCUUGUUUUUCGCACAAAACGGCAGAGGAGAAGAAGGACUUUUUGCCGAGAAAGGAAGUCUCUGAAGGCGAAAAGCACACACUUGAUGUUGGUGGAAGAAAGUCGAGGGCGUGCGAGGCUACGAGCGUCGAGGAGAAGAGGAGUUCUUCGCUGGAGAACCGAGAGAUCACCCUCUCUGAAGGAGAGACUCGGGAAGCUGGGAACGCAGUUAAAACGCAAGUCCACGGUGAAAGAGAGGAGAGACCUAGGCGAGAGCGAGAAGAAGAGAGACUGAGAAGAGAGGGGGGAGAACUGGAGGAGGAUAGGCUUUUCGGCGUUGCCGGACUGCUAAAGCGCCCAGGUCGUUUCUCUCUGGGAUGGGUCUUUUCGCGUGCACAAAGAGUCUCUCGCUCUUUGCUGCGGAUUCGCCUCUCUUCAGAAGAAAAGAGAAACACUGCAGCCGAGGAGACGCUGAAGAGAGACACUGCCUCAAAUUCAGACAAGCAUUUUCAACAGGAGAUGAAAGACAGCGACAAAGGAGAGAAACGUUCUGGGAAUUCAUCUUUCAUGCGACUCUUCAAACCCUUGUACAAAGACUCUCAAACUCUUUCAUCACCUACACAGGAGUUCAGGCCCACUGUUUCUUCUUCUACCUCUUCUCCGUCUUCUUCUUCCUGCUCUUCAUCUUCUUCAUCUUCUUCAUCUUCGUCUUCUUCUUCCUCUUCUUCUUUCUGCUCUUCUUCUCCGCAUGCUUCCUCGUCUUUCGGCCUCUCGGGUGUGUCUGCGUUUCCUCUGGGUGUUUCUCGCCAACCGCCGCUGCUGGCGCCUGCAGACGUAUGCGCAUUGGUGCGUUUUUCUUUGUUAGUGGCGAGCGUCUCUCUCUUUCUGCUGGUCGAUACGUCUCGGGUGUACCACUACAUUCGCGCCCAGCCAUUCAUGAAGCUAUACGUCGUUUUCAACAUGCUCGAGCUCUUUGAGAAGAUGUGGAGAUCUCUCGGCAGAGACAUAUUCGAUGCCUUGAUGCGGACGACGGUUCAGCUCCUCUCCAGGCCUGUGCAGGCGUCCUCCGCUUCGACUGCAGAUGAAGGCGAGGAGAACACAGAGACCGCCGAGAGAAAAGAGGAGACGAGGUCGUCCGUGCUUGCGUUUCCCCACACCUGGAAACGCCAUCAAAGAGAGUCUGAAGAAGGCCGCGUAUGUCGAGACGAAGGGGGGCGAAAGCGAAAAGAAGCGGAAGGACGAGAAGAGAAGAGGAAAGGACACAGGCAGGAAGAAGAGAAAGAGAACGAGUCUGCUUUUCGCAGCAGAGAGGACAGAGAAAGAGAACUCGAGUUCAUCAUCGGAGGAGAGAACAAGGAGAGCAGUUCUGAAGGUUCCUCGGCGUUUCUCAAGUGUCGCGCAGAUGUGCGUACGACGCCAGAGAACGACGAGACAAACGGACGACUGUUGAAGACGGAGGACGGAGACGAGGAAACGGAACGCGAGUCCAGAUUGUGUUCUGUGUUUCGUGAAUCGACGGGGCAGGCCGGAGAGGAAGCUUUUGUAGAGCCUCAUGCACUUCUCAAACGACACACUUGGGCAGGAGACUUUGAGCGAGAGUGCUGGACGUUUCUGGCGCAUACAGAAGUCCACGAUUCCCCGAGAAUCUCUCCGAAGAGCAGGGGAGAGACCUCUCAAGAUGCCGGGGAAUCUCAGGCAUUCAAGCAGACUUCUCCUGUGCAUGCAGGCAAAGCGACCUCACAAAUGGCUCAAAGUCAACUUCCGUCCUUUUCCGGUCCUUAUCAUUCUUCUCCUUCUCGUUCUUCUCGAUCUCAUUCGGCCCAUUCGGCUUCUCAUUCUUCUUCUCGUUCUUCGUCUGCAUCUUGCGUGGGAAGGAGAGGAACGCUGCGGCACUCUGCAGGUCAUUUGGACGCGGCAGGUUUCCUUUCUCCUCGCUCUCCGGCGGUGCUCCUCGUCGCUUCUUCUUCUGCCUCUGUCGCGUGCAGUGUGGAGGCGCCAGCCCAAGAAGCCGCCGGCUCUCUGAAUAUAAGGCGAGGGAGGGAAGGCGCGUCGGGAGAAGGACCUGGUGAGCGGCGAGAGCAGGAGAAGGCGGAUCCGGAGAGAAGAGCGAGCACCGCUUGUUCACGGUCGUCGCGAGCGUCCGGGAAACUCUCGGUGCAGACAGGAGUGGAGUGGAACAAGUGGAUGUUGUGGGUUGCGCAGUACCUCCUCGUUCUUGCCUACGUCCUCGUUCACACAUGCAUGCAUUUGAUUCGCGUGCUCAGUCUCAAUAUUGCGAUCAACUCGUCCGAGUCGGCCAUGUUUUUGAUUGUGGUGACGAACAACUUCGGGGAGAUAAAGUCUUCGGUGUUCAAGAAGUUUUCGCCCACGACUCUCUACUCGAUUGUCGCGGCCGACGUGGUGGAGAGAUUUCAACUUUGCUGCGACGCGUUCAUCGUCUCCCUCAAGCUCGCCACCGCAGCAUCUCCGCGCGCGACUUCCCUUGCUGCUGUCUGUUCCUGGCUGUGCGGAGUUUUUCUGCUGGAGAUCGCAGUGGACUGGGUGAAGUUCCUCUAUCUCGUCAAAUUCAACAACAUCCAAGCGACUGCCUUCGACGAAUAUCAACACGUGCUGUUGGCGGACGUUCUGCUCUCUCGAGUUCCGCAAGCCCAACGCCACCUGCUUCCAGAUGGAAAUUUCAAAGUUCCUUGUCGGGGCAUGUAUGCUUUCUCUCACAUUCCAACAAGACGCAUUGGAUUCAUGGAGCUUCCUAUCGUCACCCUCAUCAUUGCCUGCUUGCCGGUGGUUUCGUGGACGUCGCCUUCGACUCUCGUCUACGCUCUCUUGGGCUGGCUUUGUCUGUUUGUGUCCAAGGUUCUCCUUUCGCUGAUGAUUGUCGCAUUCGCCACCAAGCGGCGAAGGAAUUUGCGCUCUAUGGAGCAGUCCUUCGGCGGCGUCAACGCUCUCUGAAAACCGGGAAGCAAGGCUCGAAAGACUCAAAACGCAAAAGGAGCAUGUGAUACUCGCGUUC